AUGGACGCGCAACCGCAACACCAUGGACGCCGCACGAGCAUCGCUGAUGAUGCCGUUGCCCUGGAGCACAUGGGCCACAAGCAGGAGCUCAAGCGGAACUUCUCCUUGAUCUCCAUGCUUGGUCUGGCCUUCGCCAUUCUCAACACCUGGACCGCCCUCGCCGCCUCCAUCUCGCUCGCUCUGCCCUCCGGAGGGCCGAGCUCGGUCAUCUGGGGUCUGAUCGUUGCCGGCAUCUGCAACCUCUGCCUGGCAGCCUCGCUCGCCGAGUUCCUGUCCGCUUACCCGACCGCCGGCGGCCAAUACCACUGGGCAGCCAUCAUCUCGUGGAAGCCCUGGGCUCGCGGCAUCAGCUACAUCACUGGAUGGAUCAAUGUCUCUGGCUGGGUGGCAUUGACUGCCACCGGUGGCCUGCUCGGCAGCACCUUCGUUAUGGACGUCAUGGCGCUGUUCAACCCGGACUACGAAGCCAAGGCCUGGCAUCAGUUCCUCAUCUACCUCGCCUUUAACAUCGCGGCGCUCCUGAUCAACGCUUUCCUCAACCGAAUUCUUCCCUACGUCACCCAGGCCGCUUUCUACUGGUCUGUCGCGGGAUUCGUCAUCAUUAGCAUCACCAUCCUUGCGUGCGCGACCCCCAACUUCCAACCCGGCUCCUUCGUGUACGGCAGCUUCAUCAACGAGGUUGGCUGGCCCGAUGGUCUGGCAUGGAUGCUCGGUUUGCUCCAGGGUGCUUUUGCUCUGACUGGUUUCGACGGUGUCGCCCACAUGAUUGAGGAGAUUCCUCAGCCCCAGAUUCAGGGUCCUCGCAUCAUGCUGUACUGCAUUGGUAUCGGCAUGGUAUCUGGGUUCUUCUUCCUCAGCUGUCUUCUCUUCUGCGUCAAGGAUGUCGACGCCGUCAUCGAGUCUGGUGCCGGACCUCUGCUCCAGAUCUUCAUGGAUGCUACGGACAACAUGGCUGGAAGCACAUGUCUCCUCAUCUUCCCUCUCGUUUGCAUGCUGUUCACCACCGUCAGUAUCAUGGCUACUAGCAGCCGUAUGAGCUACGCUUUCGCGCGAGACCGCGGUCUCCCCUUCAGCAGUGUGUUCGCCAAGGUGCACCCGACACUCGACGUGCCCCUGAAUGCGCUCCUUUGGACCUUUGGCUGGGUUGUCAUUUUCGGUCUCAUCUUCCUGGGUUCCUCGAGCACAUUCAACGCCAUCACUGCCGCCUCGGUUGUUGCACUUGGUGUCACCUAUGCCAUCCCGCCGAGUAUCAACGUUCUUCGCGGCCGCAAGAUGUUGCCGGAAACCAGAGCGUUCAAGCUGCCCGGCCCUCUUGGCUGGAUCUUCAACCUGGUUGGCAUUGCGUGGACGCUGCUCACCACCGUUCUCUUCGUCUUCCCUCCUGAGACCCCGGUUACUUCUGAAAACAUGAACUACUGCGUUGCUGCUUUUGGAGUCAUCCUUUUGAUCUCUGUGUCGACAUGGAUCUUCGAUGGUCGCAAGCACUACGUCGGGCCCAAGCUCGACGUCGACGGCUUGUUGCACGGCAAGGUCGAAGGAAUGGAGCCUUCGCACUCAGCGGAGACUUCAGAGCCUGUUGUGAAGACCUAA